AUGGCUUGCAAACAAAGACGUGUGGCAUUGAACGAGUGGGGUCCGCCGAACCGUGGUGCCGUCCUACCAGCUUCGAAUGUGUCUGCCGCAACCUCGGCUUCUAUUUUCUUCGCCACGUCCUUCCUUGGGAAACAUGAUCAAUCUGUCGCUGGCUCUCUUCGGGAUGCACCUUUGGUCCACCUGUGUUUGGCCCGAUCGUUUGGCCAAGUCCAUGUGGGAAAGGUGGCGAAUGGAGCACGAAGCGGCCGUCUCGGCCUUGGAUGCCCGCAGUUUAAUGCUGCUAGCAUGAGCAACUGGGUGUUUGUCCGGAUCAGCUCGGCUGCUCGUAUAGUGACAUCCAUUCAGGCUGCACACUCCUUUGCUUUCAGCGACUCAGGCCAGUGUUUCUCUCGCUGUAACGCCAUUGCAAGCGAGUGUGAAAGUCUCGCAGGAUCAACAUCUGCUCUGAUGUGGAGGCUCUCCGAUACUAAAGUCUGCGGACCAGGCUGA